AUGAGUAACACUGGUGAAUGGUUUGACUAUGGCUGCAACAACUGGAUCUCCUUCUUCUGCUGUGAGGGCGGCUCCUCUGGUCAGUGUUUCUAUGAAGGAGCUUGGAAGACAUGGCAGGAAGCUCAGAGCUACUGCAGAAACCAAGGCAGAGACCUGCCCAGCAUUCAAGACCAGGCCAGGGUUAAUGAGCUUAUAGGUCUUAUACCUUCAUAUAGUAACUGGUAUUGGAUUGGGCUGCAUCAUGAUAAAGAGAACUGGCAGUGGUCCAGUGGAGGUGAUGUCAUCUACUUCAACUGGGGACGAUACCUCUUCUGUGCUUCAGUCAAUUCAAAGGGAGAGUGGGAGGAUUCACUCUGCAGUCAGGGAAACUAUUUCAUGUGCUACAGCGAGACCAGCAACAUCGCUGAGAGAUACACCCUGAUUGAAGAACUGAAAACCUGGACUGAAGCUCAGCAGUACUGUAGAGAACACCACACUGACCUCGUCAGUAUAAAGAACGCCAGUGAAAAUGAAGAAAUAGUGAAGAAAGCGCAGGGCAAGCGCUUCUGGAUAGGCCUGUUCAAUGAGCCCUGGAAGUGGUCACACCAGGGGGAUAACUACACAUUUCACAGCUGGAGCAAAGGGGAUCCAAACAAUGGGGGAGGGGAUGAGAACUGUGUGGCGAUGAGUAACACUGGUGGAUGGUUUGACUAUGGCUGCAACAAUCAGAUGUCCUUCUUGUGCUGUGAGGGUGAGGACACUGUUUUGACUGUGUUCUCAUUUACUUCAAUGAUUCUCUGA